GUAUCCCGCUCCAGUAAGCGAUGAGUACCCGCAUGCUGGUGGAAGCCACACUAAAGAAGUUAUCACCACGGUAACCAGUCUCCACCAGUCUGCCCCCUCGCCCGCACGAACCAUCGGGAGGCGCAUCUCUUCUCCCUUCAUUCCCCGCGAAUACAGUCAUGGUGAAGCUGGGAAGCAAUCUGACGGGGAAGGCGGAGAGAGAGGAGGCGUGGAGAGCGGCCGGAGAGCAGCCGGGGGAAGACGGCUUCGACAACAUCCCGCUGCUCGCACCACUGGACGUCACUCAGCUGCAGCCCCCGUUCCCAGAUAAGGUGAUCGUGAAGACAACCACGGAGUACCAGCUGCAGCAGAAGAAGAAGAAGUUGUAUGUUCCCGGAAUCAAGAAGCUCAACAUCAAUCUCUACGACGAGGUGUCGGAGAAAGUGAAGCUCACAGGCCUGAUACUGAUCACCAUGGCGUUUCUGGCCUGCCUGCUGCUUCUGGUCAUGUACAAAGCUCUAUGGUACGAGCAGCUCAGCUGCCCUGAGGGAUUCGUGUUCAAGCACAAGCACUGCUCCCCCGCAGCGCUGGAGAUGUAUUUCUCCCAGCAGGCCCCGGGGCCGCGCGGGAGCAGCCUGUACACGGCCAUCAGCCACCUCAGCCAGGCCAAGCGCACGCUGCCCGAGCUGCUGCCCUCGUCAUGGCUGCCCGUCAUCACCGCCCUCAAGGACCAGCCCGGCCGACCCCGCCAGUAACCGGGGAAACCCUGGCACUCUGCGUUAACCCCCCGCCACAGGGCUGACAUUACACUGUCAUACACAUGACAUAAGGCUGACAUUACACUGUCAUACACAUGACAUAACCUCCUGCCAUAGGGCUGACAUAACCUUCUGCCAUAGGGCUGACAUAACACUGUCAUACACAUGCCAUAACCCCCCGCCAUAGGGCUGACAUUACACUGUCAUACACAUGACAUAAGGCUGACAGAACACUGUCGUACACAUGACAUAACUGCUCGCCAUAAGGCUGACAUAACACUGUCAUACACAUGCCAUAACCCCCCGCCAUAGGGCUGACAUUACACUGUCAUACACAUGACAUAAGGCUGACAGAACACUGUCGUACACAUGACAUAACCGCUCACCAUAAGGCUGACAUAACACUGUCAUACACAUGACAUAACCCCUCGCCAUUGAGUGGACAUUGCACUGUCAUACACAUGACACAACCCCUGUCACAAUAUGACAUAACGGAUGAUGUUAGGUUAUGUCAAAUGACAAAAUGGUCAUACAUGGUUGUGACAUAAUCAGUUUGCCAUCUUGUGACAGCGUGUAUGUCAUGUGUAUGACAGUAUUAUGUCAGCCUUAUGGCGAGGGGUUCAAGUGUGUGCAUGUGUGUGUGAGUGUGUGUAUGUGUGUGAGUGUGCGUGAGUGUGUGUGUGUGAGUCUGUGUGUGUGUCUGUAACCAAUAAGGUGUGACUAUUAUGAGCAGUCAAGCAGACUUACAAAGAGGCAAGUAAAAAUCUUUGCAACUAUGGAGAUGUUUCAGAAACACAGGCAUUGUAGGAUGAUUGUGUGUGUCUGUGUACGUGUGUAUGUGUGUGUGUCAAGGUAAUGCAUGGUCUCAGUAAAAGCCCAUUCUGAAUUUUAGAAAUAUUUGUUAAAUUUGAGAAGUUUUUUAACAGUCAUUUUGACAACCAGCAAGUACUUUAAUCUUUAAUGCUUUAAUGUCAGCUAACAAUUAAAAUUGUUAUAUCUGAAAGGAAGUCCUCGGAACCCCAGUACAUUUUAAUAAUGUACAAAACAGUUAAAAUAAUGUACUGAAAGAGCACUGAGUCACUCCAUGAAAUAUGUCAGAUCUGAACAAAACCAUGUGACUCUAAAAAAUGCUGUAAUUGUACUUUUACUAAUGUUAUAAAUGCCAGGAGCGACAGUAAGUUAAAAGCUAAACGAUUAAAAGUUUUAUUCACUUGAAAAUGAUUCCCUGGGAAACAUGUUUUACAUUACAUUUUGAAUAUGUCAUGUAGAGAUUAACUUAUCUGAACAAACUGCAAAAGCCUUACUAAAUUAUGAAUUUACAUUUUCAGUUGGUUUAUAGAGUAAGUUUCUGUUUUAACUAUCUGAUGGACUGAUUUUCAUAUGCUGCCUCUGUUUGAACCACAUGAGUACUUUGAGUGUCUGCUUUCAUUUGUAAAUUUGCUUUUAAUUUCUGCUGCCUAAAUACAUGGUUAUCAUAAAUUAUUUUGUAAAGAAUACACAAGCUUGUAAAAAUUUAAAAUGUGAUUGCAGUGCAUUGAAUCACAUUGCAGUGCAUUGAGUGCAUUGCUUUAAAAACACAGACCCUGCUGUAAAAUCCAACUACCCACUGUUUCAAAGCACAGCUUGAGCUGGUCAAACCAUGUUGAGUAUAGAUAUUUGGCCGCCAUUUUGAUUUGUUGUAGCAUGAGUUCCCCUCGACAGCACGUCCUCACACGGAGUACUGCUUAAUCACGCGGCUACAAUCUGCUCAUUUGGCAUUAGCGCUGUGCUACGCUCAGUAGUAGACUACACGGAUAUUGUACUGUAUUGCAUUUGAUGUUUUACAUCGCUGUGGUCGCUGUGUGUGCUGAAGUAGAGACAGGCUAACGCCGCUGAACGUCCACGUACACCAGCAACACUGGAACAAACAUAGAAGCGACACAACUAUGGCGACUGUUUAAAAUGCAGAACAAUGGGUAUUUGGGGGUCUGUAGUAUGGUGAAGGAGCGACUCAUCUCCAGGCCGGCUCACCCCGGGCCUGGACCUCCACCCUCUCAGUGCUGAUGCACACCCCGCUGUGAGUCAGGAGCACGUUUGGGUGUUGAGCGUGAGUCAGGAGCAUGUUUGGGUGUUGAGGAGGCCUCAGGCCUGGCGUGAGAGACACACGCCCAAGACCCUCGCCAACCUUUCCGGGUCCCAAUAAUCACUCGGCCCCAGGCUGUGGUUGUAUACAGAACAUAAUAUAUGGACAACAUGGAGACCUAUAAUUGGCCUGCUCAGCACAGCCAGAACACUGGCAAUUGCAAAUGUGUAUUUGGCCUGUUUGUGACAGAAAUCUAUGAAAACUGAAAAAUGCAUUAAAAAAAAUAUGGGUUUUUCCAACCCAUAUAAGACCUGACUGAAAACCACAGGAAAGCGCACACAUUAUAACACAGAUGGUAAUUAGUGGGUCAUUAUGGCUGAUUAUUUUUAAUUAAAUCCGUCAUUUUUAUCUGCACCACAUUAAUGGCCGUGGCAGUUUAAUCUUGUUUCUUUUUUUCUUUUUUUUUUUAGAAGAUUAAUUGCAUCCACUCUGAUUGUGAGUACAAACAGCAGUUAGGUAAAGUUAGGUAAAGUCAGUUUAAAUAACAUUGAAGUGAGUCUCUGGUAUUUUAAACAUCGCUUAGAAAAUGUAUGCUGAUGCUAUGUACUGAAUUAUACAGAACACUUUGCUAAGUUAUUUAUGUAAUAUUGUGUUGGGUUUUAAAAAUAUAUAUAUAAUUUCAAAGUUAAGGGUUAUCUUGUGAUAUUGCACAUACAUGUGGAAUAACCGUUUUGUUUGAACAGCAGACAUUCCCAUAUGAAAUCCGUGAGGAGUUUGUGAUGCUGAAAUUUCAAAUUGAGAAAUUAAGAGUUUCCGUUCUGGAUCUGUGGGGUGAUAUGCUGUAAUUUGUUGCACAAAAAUGCUUCAUGCCGUUGAUUGUUUUAACAUUAUUUAUUUGAAACUACGGGAUGUCCGUAUGUGUGUUUGUGUGUACUUGGGCAUACCCUUUCACAUACAGGACUCGGACAAUGUGCUUAUUUAUUUUGGUAUUAUUAUCAUUAAUAUUCUUUCAAUAUUUUCUUGAAUUAUUUAUAUUUGAUGUUUGUACGUUGAUGCGGUGUUUAUAUUUUGAAGGCCUCAUUAUCGUGUGUGCGGGAGUCUGGGGGUGCGGGGUCGCUGUGUGUGAACAUCACAGCCUCUCUCAGUGUUUUCAGGUUGUACUCCUGUGUCAUAUUCUCUCCUUUUAUAUUCCAGAAGCUCAUGGUUCAGAGACACAGGCUCUUUUGCAGACACCGUGUCAUGUUUCAGUGUGUGCGAUACGUUCUCAGUGCUGCCCCCUGUGGUGUUGGGUGCUGAAGGGCCAAACCUAACGCUGUGAUCGUCUGCUUCGAUGUUAAUGAGGAAAAAAAUAGACUUGAGUGUUCACCCUU